UAUAUUAUCUUUGGUAAAACAUAAGAUGGUAGCAUGAGAAUUCUUUACAAUGUGGGUAGUAUGAAAUAACCAAUAGUCUGGUUGUGGCAGUGGCAAUUCACGAUUCUACGCGUCAUAUAUGGACAGAUGUAGAAUUGUAUUCAUUGUAAUGAAGUUAUUAUAUUAAAUAUUGUGUAAUAUUAUAAAUUAAUAUAUGCAUUUUGAUAAAUGAAUAGAUUUAUUUUUCAUUACAAAUCGAUUUGUUAAAUGUAAUGUAGCAAUGAAGUUUUUAUGUCAUUAUUGCUUUCACAGAAAUAUGGUUAUAUUUAGUAUAUGACGACUUCAGUGUUUUGGAGCACGAAGCAGUGCCACUCCCUUAUAAUAUUUAAACAACAUUUUUAUUAUAUCUGAUAAUUAGAAAAAUGGAAGAUAUUUUUCAAUGGUGUCGUGAAGGCAAUGCUAUGCAAGUGCGUGUUUGGUUGGAUGACACUGAACAUGAUAUGAAUCAAGGGGAUGAUCAUGGAUUUAGUCCACUCCAUUGGUGUUGCAAAGAAGGACACCUAAAAUUGGCAGAGUUAUUAGUUAGCAGAGGAGCACGUAUUAAUGCUACCAACAGAGGAGAUGAUACUCCUCUUCAUCUUGCUUCUGCUCAUGGACACAAAGAAAUAGUUCAAUUGUUGCUUAGGAAUCGCGCAGAUGUCAAUGUUACAAAUGAACAUGGUAACACUGCUCUUCAUUAUGCAUGUUUUUGGGGUGAUCAAGCAGUUGCUGAAGAAUUAGUAGCUGCUGGUGCUCUUGUAUCCAUUGCAAAUAAAGAUGGAGAUACUCCUUUAGAUAAAGCACGAGGUCACUUAGCCAAAAGAUUACAUGAUUUAGCUGUAGAAUAUGGACAAGAUUUAAAGAAAAUUCAAUUUAAAGAUCAAAGCUGGCUAGGUUUAAAAACUAGAAGUCGUGAUGCUACAUUAUCACGACACAAAGGAAUAAACAUGGCAGAUCUAUCUUUACAUACUCGAUUAGCUAGUACACCAAGUGGUGAAACAUGGCGCGGACGUUGGCAAAACAAUGAUAUUGUAGCAAAAAUUUUAAAUAUACGUGAAUGCACGGCUCGAAUUUCAAGGGAUUUUAAUGAAGAAUUUCCGAAAUUACGAAUUUUUUCACAUCCCAAUGUACUACCUGUACUUGGUUGUGUUAAUCAACCACCAAAAUUGGCUACAGUUUCGCAAUAUAUGGCACGUGGAAGUUUGCAUAGGCUUUUACAUGGAGGUACAGGUGUCGUUGUUGAUACUGCGCGUGCACUUAGGCUUGCUCUUGAUGUUGCAAGAGCUAUGGCAUUUCUUCAUGGGCUUGAAAGACAAAAUAGAUGCAGAUUUCAUCUCAAUAGUAAACAUAUAAUGAUAGAUGAAGAUUUAACGGCUCGCGUCAAUAUGGCAGACUCGAAAUUUUCAUUCCAAGAGGUAGGUCGAAUUUAUGAGCCAGCAUGGAUGUCUCCAGAAGCUUUAAGUAAACGUCCAGCAGAUAUAAAUCUCGAGGCCAGUGAUAUGUGGAGUUUCGCUGUUUUAUUAUGGGAACUUGCGACUAGAGAAGUUCCAUUCGCAGAUCUUUCGCCAAUGGAAUGUGGCAUGAAAAUCGCACUAGAAGAUUUACGCGUUAGUAUACCUCCAGGAAUUUCACCACAUCUUGCUAAGCUUAUUAGGAUUUGUAUGAAUGAAGAUCCAGGGAAACGUCCAUCUUUUGAUAUGGUCGUUCCUAUACUCGAUAAGAUGAAACGUUAAUUUUUGAUAUAAUUUUUUUUACAUCGUCAAAUU